AUGUCGCUCGCAUACUCACCCAUCUCAACACCAUCCCUCUCUCCAACAUCUUCUCGUUCAACGUCUCCGUCAAGUCCAAUUGAACGUGUCAAAGAAAGUCUAGAUAUUUUCGAAAGAUUACUAGCUCAGAAAGCACCAUCAAUGAGCAUCCGCGAAUCAUUUUAUGCGUUUGUCUCGGACUAUAACGAAUGUAGACUUGACGACGACAGCAUCUGGAAUAGCGCGAAUGUAAAGGAUAAAGAAGAGUAUAGACUGAGAGAAGAUUUGAAAUUCCGUCGGUGGAUGGUGACUAAAUUAUUCAGACCAGAAUUUUUGCACCAAGAAGAGGCGGCGAAGGAAGAAGAAAAAGACGACGAAAUAGACGCAUUUCUACAGACUUUUGUUCGUGAUGCCUAUUUUGAAGAACUCAUGGCAAGAGGGUGGAUUGACGAAGAGAUGGAAUGGGAUCAGAACAAAUAUAACCAAGAUGAGAUCAACCAGCGGGAAUGUGUUGAUGACAGUACUAUUGACUAUGAUUAUCCUGAUGACGACUGCGAUUCGGUGCUGUCAUACAGCUUUAUCGACGACCUACUUCCCUUAUACUGCAACGUUCUGUGGGAUCAGCAAAAUAACGUUGAACCACCUACAAAUGUCAUUACUUCCGAUGGCGAAUAUAUUCCUUUAUGCAAUAAUCCAUAUGCUUUUAUUGAUAUAUUUGAACCGUGUCCCGAAAGAGAUGCAAACAAAGAAGCAUAUUACGCCUUAUUACAACUACAUUAA